AUGUCGAAGUAUUGUAAUAAUUGUUUUUGUUGUGGUCAUUAUCUUGUGCCACGAUAUAAACGAUUAGUGAAUAAUAUAUUUUCACAAAAUCCACAACAUAGUGUUGAUAGAAAUAAUCUCGAACGAUUACGUUUUUAUGCUAUUCAAAAACCUGAAAAACUUCAUAAAUCAUUUCGAUAUAUGUCGGAAAAAAUAGCACGUUAUUUACGUCAUCAAAAUCUACCAUAUGUUAUACUUGGUAUAAAAGCAAUGGAUGAUACAGUGAAAUCUUGUCGUGCACAAUUAAAUACAUUUAUUGAUCAUUAUUUAGCAACACUUCAUCUUUUACUUGAAGAAAGAGAUGAUUUAGAAUUAAUUGAACAUGCAAUUCAUUCAUUUGAAUCAUUUUGUGAAAUUCGUCAAGAAGCACCAAAUUAUCAAAGAGAUUAUGAAUUUUUUGUCGAUCGUUUUACACAAUUAUGUCAUGAUAAUGAUCCAAUCAAUAAAAUAAGAUUUCGAUAUCUUGGUCUUCGUGGUCAUCAAGCACUUAUUCGAAAAACUGCCGGUGAUGAAUUACAUAAUGAUGUUUGGAAACAUAUGAAUCAAAUCAUACCAUCUAUUAUAUUUAAUAUGAAAGUACCAAAUCAAAAUCGAACCCAAGAUUUAUCAAUAACAACCAUAUCACCUGAACAAGUCAUGAUAACAACAGAAACAUUAACUGAAAAUGAUCUCAAUAUUCUAGCUAAUACUAUUUUGAAAGAUUUAUUUUGUCGAGUUCAUGUUAACGAUAUUCCUACUUGUAUAAAACCUGUUCUUAAUCAUUUAGAUCUUCAUGAACUAUGGACUGUAGUUGAUUUUCCAAAGUAUAUAUUUUCUGAAAUAAUGAAUUCAGUUAAGCAUCAUAAUAGUUAUAAAACUAUUGAUUUACUUCUUGAGUAUCUUGAAUUGUACUGUGAGAAAAAAGACAUAUUACGUAUAAAAACUUGUAUUAUGCAAGUUAUUCAUGUUUGUUUAAUGUUUGCUGCAACCAAUACGGGAGUUGAAUCUACAAUAUUUAGUGGAAUAGCACGUCUGAUAAAAUGUUUAGAAAAAUCAUUUCAUAACGAAAGUAGACGUUCGAAAGCAUCAGUAUAUAUUCAAGAUGAACAACAAUUUCAAAAUGCAGUUAUUGAUGGAAUAAGAGAGUUUAUGGAAAAAUUACGCGAUUAUCAAAUAAUGGAGGUAAUGCAUAUAAUUAUAACAUCAUUACCAAUAGUUAAUCAAGACAACGAAAAUAAAAAAAAUCAUUUAAGUGAUGUCAAUUUGAAAUUUCAAUUACUUCUUCUUAAAACAAUGCAAAAAGUUGCAACAACGUAUCAAGCUAAACACCACGAUGAAUCAACAUCAACUCAAACAACAUUUCCUCAUCAAUUAUUUGAUCCAUUAAUUAAAAUGAUGAGUGCAUCUGUCGUAGAAAUUCGUUUAAUUAUUCUAGAAAUUCUUAUACUACUAAUCGAUAAAAGACAUUAUGCUGAUAAAAUACGUAAAAUUAGAAUGCCGAAAGAUAUUUCACAACUUAAUUUAUCAGCUGCAACAAAAACAUCACAUCUUGUUGAUAUGCCAUUUAUGAAAAAAUAUGGUCCUCAGUUUCUUCCACAACUUUAUAAUUGUAUAUUAAUGAAUAAUAAUACAAAAGAUAUUUUUUAUACUAUUUAUUGUCUUAUGAAUAUUGUUACACUUGAAGUUAAUGAUCAAGAUAUACUUGUUGAUAUUAUUCAUUUUUGUUUUGAAAUUCAAUCAACAUUAUUAACAACGAUUGAUGAAGAUUAUAAAAAAUUAUCGAAAAUCAAUUGUAAUUGUAUACAUGCUUUAAUUGCAGCAUAUUUCAAUUUAAUGUCGAAAUUAUAUGGAAUUGAAGCUUUUUCUGCUCAUGUCGAUGAAGUUAUUCAGAGUCGUGAGUUAUCUGCACCACAUCUUCUUCCGCCAAAUGCGUUUCAAUCUACGACGAAAGAAAGUUUAUCAAAAUCUCUUUCAAUGGAAUGUUUAUUCUCUGAAAAAAUAGUUAUUGAUGCAUUAAAACUAUCUCAUUACGAUAUAUCACGAUUCGAUCGUAUUAUUCAUAAACCAGGUUAG